AUCCAAUCAGCCGCGUCCUCAGAGGCGCGUCAGGCCCCGCCCCCACCCCCCAGCAGCAGUGCAGGUGAGUGCGGCGGUCGAGAGCGCGAGCGGAGCAGCGUCAUGAGAUUCGGUCCGAUCUGAGCGAACCGGGAGCGGCGCAGCGGAGGAGACCAUCUGGUUCAGACAGACCUGCUCCAUAUGACUCCAUGAAUGACCUCUGACCCGUGAAGCCCCGCCUCUCCAGUCCCGUCCAAUCACGUGCUUCCUCUGGCGGCCCGAUCGCCGUCCGUCACGAUGGUUUGCCACUACAACGAGAGUGUGAAGUUCUUCUACGACAUCAGCAAGAAGAACAUCAGCGGAAUGUGGCAGACUAAAGACUAUGUGGUGGUUUCUCUGGGACUGCUGGUCUGUGUUUUCGUCAUCUUCGCCAACAUCCUGGUCAUGCUGGCCAUCUUCAUGAACCGCAGGUUCCACUACCCCAUCUACUACCUGCUGGGGAACCUGGCGGCGGCCGACCUGUUCGCAGGCAUCUCCUACAUGUACCUGAUGUUCCACACGGGCCCCUGGACCAUCAAACUCUCCAUCAAUCAGUGGUUUGUGCGGCAGGGUUUGAUCGACACCAGUCUGACGGCGUCGGUCAUUAAUCUGAUGGCCAUCGCGCUGGAGCGCCACCAGACCAUCUUCACCAUGCAGCUGCACAGCAAAAUGACCAACCACCGGGUGGUGCUGCUGAUCAUCGGCAUCUGGCUGAUCGCCAUAUUGCUGGGUUUGGUGCCCUCUUUGGGAUGGAGCUGCAUAUGCAACACCAGUGAGUGCUCGAACAUGGCGCCGCUCUACUGCCGCAGCUACCUGGUGUUCUGGGCCGUGCUCAACCUGCUGACCUUCACCAUCAUGAUGGCCGUAUACACGCGCAUCUUCAUCUACGUGCUCCGCAAGAACCACCGCAUGAGCCAGCACACCUCGCAGGUCAAGCAGAAGGAGACGGUGGUCAACCUGAUGAAGACCGUGGUCAUGAUCCUGGGUUGUUUCGUGGUGUGUUGGACGCCGGGGCUGGUGCUGCUCCUCCUGGAUGGAUUGUGUGAAUCCUGUGACGUCCUGACCUACGAGAAGUUCUUCCUGGUGCUGGCCGAGUGCAACUCCUUCAUGAACCCCAUCAUCUACUCCUACCGGGACAAGGACAUGCGCGACACCUUCAAACGCAUCCUGUGCUUCCCGUGUUUGGGGUGGCAGCAGACGGAAGAGCACUCGGGUGUGCGCUUCAACACCCUCAAGCAAGAGCGGAGACGGCGCGUGCUGCAGGAGUCGUGGGUCGCUCGUAAGGCUCGUGACGGAGACGGCGAGCAGGCUAACAGAGGACAGCUGGUGCUGAAGGAGGCGGAGAACAUGCUGGACUCCACCGAGAGCUGAGGAACCCGUAGCAGGACCAGAAGGACCCACUCCUGCGCUCUGAUUGGCUGCAUGAGCUGUCAGUCACUGUCUGUGUGUUUCUGUGAGGCUCACCUGAAGUCUGAGCUCUAACUGUGAAUGAGUUCACUGUAAAUAUGGUUUUUAUUUAAUUGAAGUCUUACUGCCGGAGUUGAUGCAUGUUUUUAUGUUGUACUUGAAAACACAUGACUGGCAUCUGAUCAGACAGACAUUAAUUGUGUUUUCACGUCGACUGUACCAAAACUGAUUACAAUACUUUUCAACAUGUUUCUUUAUUUAAAAACAUUAGAAUCUAAUCAAAUGAUGAAUGAAAUAAAUCAAUGUUGUGUAGUUUUUAAGGCGUUCCUCAGUUGAAUAAACCCUGCUUUGAGUUUUUCCAAGUCA